AAAAAUGAAAGUAUUUUAUUCAGAAGUUUGUUUAAAACAUGCUCCAAAGCAUGAAAUAAUAUCCGGAAAUCUAAUUGAUUAUUUAGAAAGUCCUUCUCGUCUAAUUAUAAUAAAAGAAUAUUUAAAUUCUUUGUCAAAUUUUGAUUUCGUAUCCCCAAAUGAUUAUGGUUUGGAUCCAAUAUUAUCAGUACACUCAAAAGAUUAUGUUGAAUAUCUUCAAACUGCUUAUGAAGAAUGGGUAAAAAAUGGUGGUAAUAAGAAUGGUAUAUUACCCGAAGCUUUUCUUCAUCAUAAUAUAUCUUCUUCUUCUUCAAUUAAACGUAAAGUAAAAGUUACUUCUCCAUUUGCGAAAGCUGGAUUAUAUUGUUCUGACUUGUCUUGUUGUAUAACAAAAGAUACUUGGGAAUCAGUUUAUGAAUCAGCUCAAGUGGUAAUAAGUGCCACAAUGGAACUUAAAAGAUUUGUUGAAGAAUCAUCAUCUGAAGAAAUAAAUCAUUUUCCUGGUAUAUUUGCUUUAUGCCGUCCACCAGGGCAUCACGCAAAUUCAAUUCUUUCUUCUGGUUAUUGUUUUUUAAAUAAUGUUGCAAUAUCAACCAAUGUCCUUAAAAAAGAUAAUAAUAAAGUCGUUAUAUUAGAUAUUGAUUAUCAUCAUGGAAAUGGAACACAGGAAAUAUUUUAUCUAAAUUCGAAUCCAUUAUAUGUAUCAUUACAUGGUUCACCUGAUUAUCCUUGGUUUACUGGUGAUGAAUCAGAAAGAGGUGAAGGUGAAGGUGAAGGGUUUAAUAUUAAUAUACCAUUAUCCAGAGAUACUGAUGAUGAUGAAUACUUGAAGGCAUUAAAAAAGGUUAUUAAUGAGAAUAUAAUACCUUAUAAUGCAGAUUACUUAAUCGUUUCUCUUGGUGUUGAUACAUAUAAAGAAGAUAUAAUAGGAGCAUUACAGAUCACUACAGAAGGAUAUAAAAGAAUAGGAGAAAUGAUUAAAUCUAUCAAUUUACCUACUUUAUUUGUAAUGGAAGGUGGUUAUCAUUUAGAAACUAUUGGAAUUAAUGUUGGAAAUGUUUUAUUAGGUUUCAAUACUUAAAUAUUCUUUAUUUAUUGAAAGCAUACAAUUUAUAAAAAGUAUAUAUAUCAUAAUUUUGGCAAGUUAUUAAAGAUACUAUUUUUUUUAAACGAAUUAUUAAAUCUAAUUUCUAGAUGGAACUUAUAUAUAGUAAAUAUAUACAUACAGUGCUGGCAAAAAGUAAUUGGAAUUGCAAAAAAUGCAAUAAAUGAGAAACCAGCGAUUGAAAUUGCUUCAAAUUUUACAGAUUUGUUACCAAAUAGAUCAAUAUUAAGUGUAUAAAAUUUC